AUGUUCGGUCGAAGACCUGCACAAUCUGACAGCUUCUCGUCUCGAUAUGGCGCAGGCAAAUCUCAGAAGCCAAAGAAAUCAUUCAAGGAAACAUCCUUCCAAACAGGGCUCAGACGUGGUGACUCUGUGAGAUCGCCGCCGUCGAAGCAUACCACAAGUCCGUCUGCUGGGAGCACGUUGACUUCACCCAUCGUCACACUUUGCGUCGGUCCACAGCAGCGCCUAUUCGCGGGCCACGAAGACAUACUUUGUCGCUCGCCCUACUUCGAGAAGGCUUGCCGUGGACAAUUCUACGAUGGGUCAGCACGACGCAUCAAUCUGCCAGACGAAUGUCCUGAAGUUUUAUCCGCCGUCCUUGAGUUCCUCUACAAGCAAGACUACUCCCCCCGCCUCAUUCACAAUAAGCGUAAGGACACCUGGGAGAUCGAAGAUGCCGACAAGUACGAAGCUACCAUUGUCCACCAUGCCGUCAAAGGCCCGCUUCUCAAAGACACCGCAAUUUACUGCUCAGCAGAUCGCUACGGCCUCUCCGAACUCAAGCGCCUCGCCCUCCGCAAACAAGGCCUGCAAUCUAACGUCACCGUCUCAACCAUCCUCGCCUCCGCCAGAUGGGCAUAUAUCCACACCCCAGACGACGACUCCAAGCUUCGUGGCCACUACCUCGCUCUGAUAAUUCGCAGCCGCAACACGUUCAAGCGCAGCAGUGCCAUGAAGACCGAGAUGGAGGAGGGAGGGAAGCUGUUCUUUGACUUGUUUGUUGCUAUGUGUAACCAUAUCGACGAUCUGCAGACUGUGCGAUCGCCCUUCUCUCGUUGA